AUGGUGGAAUAUUCUCUGGACCUUCAGAACAUCAACCUGUCGGCCAUCCGCACGGUCCGAGUCCUGAGGCCCCUCAAAGCCAUCAAUCGAGUGCCCAGCAUGCGCAUCCUUGUGAACCUGCUGCUGGACACCCUGCCCAUGUUGGGCAAUGUGCUGCUGUUGUGUUUCUUUGUCUUCUUCAUCUUUGGUAUCAUCGGCGUGCAGCUGUGGGCUGGCCUGCUUCGGAACCGCUGCUUCCUGGAGGAGAACUUCACCAUACAAGGAGAUGUUGCCCUCCCUCCCUACUACCAGCCGGAGGAGGACGACGAGAUGCCGUUCAUCUGCUCGCUGUCGGGGGACAACGGCAUCAUGGGCUGCCAUGAGAUCCCCCCGCUCAAGGAGCAGGGCCGCGAGUGCUGCCUGAGCAAAGAUGACUUCGCCUACUAUAGCACAUCUCACCAGGACUUCAAUGUCAGCGGCAUGUGCAUCAACUGGAACCGUUAUUACAACGUGUGCCGCACGGGCAGCGUCAACCCCCACAAGGGCGCCAUCAACUUUGACAAUAUCGGCUACGCCUGGAUCGUCAUCUUCCAGGCACAGCCAACUGGCCUUCCUUUGUCUCUUCUCCCUUCUCUCCCUCUGGGUCCUCCACAGGUGAUCACCCUGGAAGGCUGGGUCGAAAUCAUGUACUACGUCAUGGAUGCCCACUCCUUUUACAACUUCAUCUACUUCAUCCUGCUAAUUAUAGUGGGCUCCUUCUUCAUGAUCAACCUGUGCCUCGUUGUCAUAGCGACCCAGUUCUCCGAGACCAAGCAGAGAGAGCACCAGUUGAUGCAGGAGCAGCGCAGGCGGUACCUGUCCUCCAGCACCGUGGCCAGCUACGCAGAGCCUGGUGAUUGCUACGAGGAGAUAUUCCAGUAUGUCUGCCACAUUCUGCGAAAGGCCAAGCGCCGAAGCCUGGGCCUCUACCAUGCCAUCCGCAGCCGUCACCAGGACCAGGUGGAGCCUGGCGUGGGGGCCAAGCCUGAGGCAGGGAAUGCCAAGGAGCAGAGGCGGGACAGGCUGUGCCAGAAACACAUUCCCAUGGAUUACCCACCUCAUACUCUUAUGCAGCCUAUCUCUGUGACACAGACCUCCGACCCUGGCAACUGCCCCCACUGCCGGCAAGAGAGAGAUCAACAUCUAUCCCUGGCAGAGAGUGAUGAUGACUUUGGGCAGGAGGAAGGCUCUGCCAAUGAUGAUGAAGGGGAAGGUGGAGGGAGCAGUGAAGGAACCCUGGACCUGGAGAAGGAGGAAGAGGAGGGAGAGAAAGGCAAUGGGGCAGCCAGGCUGUGUGGGGAUAUAUGGAGGGAGGUGAGGGCCAAGCUGAGGGGCAUCGUGGACAGCAAGUAUUUUAACCGAGGCAUCAUGAUUGCCAUCUUGGUGAACACAGUCAGCAUGGGCAUCGAACACCAUGAACAGCCUGAGGAGCUGACAAACAUCCUCGAGAUCAGUAAUGUGGUAUUCACCAGCAUGUUUGCCCUGGAAAUGAUCCUGAAGCUGGCGGCCUUUGGCCUCUUCGACUACCUACGGAACCCUUACAACAUCUUUGACAGUAUCAUCGUCAUCAUCAGUAUCUGGGAGAUCAUCGGCCAGUCGGACGGGGGCCUUUCGGUGUUGAGGACUUUCCGCCUCCUGCGGGUGUUGAAGCUGGUCCGCUUCAUGCCAGCCCUGCGCCGCCAGCUGGUGGUUUUGAUGAAGACCAUGGACAACGUGGCCACCUUCUGCAUGCUGCUCAUGCUCUUCAUCUUCAUCUUCAGCAUCCUAGGGAUGCACAUUUUUGGCUGCAAAUUCAGCCUCAGGACUGACACCGGAGACACGGUGCCCGACCGGAAGAACUUUGAUUCACUUCUCUGGGCCAUUGUCACAGUAUUCCAGAUCCUGACACAGGAGGACUGGAAUAUGGUGCUCUACAAUGGCAUGGCAUCCACCUCCCCUUGGGCCUCCCUCUACUUUGUGGCUCUCAUGACCUUCGGCAACUACGUGCUCUUCAACCUGCUGGUGGCCAUCCUGGUGGAGGGCUUCCAGGCAGAGGGAGAUGCCAACCGCUCCUACUCAGACGAAGACCAGAGCUCAUCCAACUUGGAAGAGUUUGACAAGUUCCGGGAGGGUCAUGAAGGCCAUUUUGAUAUCAAGCUCUGCCCCAUCCCCAUGACCCCCAAUGGGCACCUGGACCCCAGCCUUCCACUGCCUGGCUCCCUGGCCACCAUGGGGGGCAUGCCCCCUGGCCCUUGCCACUCCCUGCAGCCUGACCAGGUGCUCCUUGCUUUGGAUUCCCGAAAGAGCAGCGUUAUGUCUUUGGGGAGGAUGAGCUAUGACCAGCGGUCUCUGUCUAGCUCCCGAAGCUCCUACUAUGGGGCCUGGGGCCACAGUGGAACCUGGGCCAGCCGCCGGUCCAGCUGGAACAGCCUGGCCCGGGGCCAUAGCCUGAAACACCGAGCUCCCUCUGCGGAACACGAGUCACUCCUCUCUGGGGAGAGGGGCCGGUCAGCAGAAAUGGAGCGGGAUGAUGGCACCCCUCGGGGCCCACCCCAUCACCUACCACCUCAUCCUCAUCACCACCACCACCACCUCCACCACCCGCACUGCUACCGGCACCGUCGGACGCUCUCCCUUGACACCAAGGACUCCUUGGACCUGGCAGAGCUGCCACCACCGGCUUCUCAUGCUCAUCUGAGGCCCACCCGGAAGGGGGGCACAGGUCUAGGCACCAGUGAGCACCAGGACUGCAAUGGGAAGAUGCCCAACAUCGCCAAAGAUGUUUUCACCAAGAUGGACAACCGGAAGGACCAUGCAGAGGAUGAAGAAGAGAUUGACUAUAGCCUGUGUUUCCGAAUCCGGAAGAUGAUGGAUGUUUACAAGCCCGACUGGUGUGAGAUCAGGGAAGACUGGUCUGUCUACCUCUUCUCUCCCGAGAACAGGUUCCGGGUCCUCUGCCAAACCAUCAUCACCCACAAGCUCUUUGACUACGUCGUCCUGGCUUUUAUCUUUCUCAACUGUAUCACCAUCGCCCUGGAGAGGCCCCAGAUAGAGGCCGGCAGCACUGAGCGAAUAUUCCUCACUGUGUCCAACUACAUCUUCACCGCCAUCUUUGUUGGAGAGAUGACACUAAAGGUGGUCUCCUUGGGCCUGUAUUUUGGGGAGCAGGCCUACCUCCGGAGCAGCUGGAACAUCUUGGAUGGCUUCCUGGUCUUUGUGUCCCUCAUCGACAUCGUGGUCUCUGUGGCCUCUGCAGGAGGAGCCACAAUCCUUGGGGUCCUCCGGGUCCUUCGCCUCCUCCGGACCCUUCGCCCACUACGGGUCAUCAGUCGCGCCCCAGGACUGAAGCUUGUGGUGGAGACUCUGAUCUCAUCCCUCAAACCCAUUGGAAACAUUGUCCUCAUCUGCUGUGCCUUCUUCAUCAUCUUUGGCAUCCUGGGAGUGCAGCUCUUCAAGGGGAAGUUUUACCACUGCCUGGGGGUUGACAUCCGGAACAUCACCAACCGCUCUGAUUGCAUGGCUGCCAACUACCGCUGGGUGCACCACAAGUACAACUUCGACAACCUGGGCCAGGCCUUGAUGUCCCUCUUCGUCUUGGCCUCCAAAGAUGGUUGGGUUAACAUCAUGUACAAUGGGCUGGAUGCGGUGGCCGUCGACCAGCAGCCUGUAACCAACCACAAUCCCUGGAUGUUGCUGUACUUCAUUUCCUUCCUGCUCAUUGUCAGCUUCUUUGUCCUUAACAUGUUUGUGGGGGUGGUGGUGGAGAAUUUCCACAAGUGCCGGCAGCACCAGGAGGCAGAGGAGGCUCGUCGGCGGGAAGAGAAGCGACUCCGGCGGUUGGAGAAGAAGCGAAGGAAAGCCCAGCGACUCCCAUAUUAUGCCACCUACUGCCCUACCCGGCUCCUUAUUCAUUCUGUCUGCACCAGUCACUACCUGGAUAUCUUCAUAACCUUCAUCAUCUGCCUCAAUGUCGUGACCAUGUCCCUGGAACACUACAACCAGCCCAUGUCCUUGGAGAUCGCUCUCAAAUACUGCAACUACAUGUUCACCACGGUCUUUGUGCUGGAAGCCAUGUUGAAACUGGUAGCAUUUGGGCUGAGACGCUUCUUCAAAGACAGGUGGAACCAGCUGGACCUGGCCAUUGUGCUCCUCUCAGUCAUGGGCAUCACCCUGGAGGAGAUUGAGAUCAAUGCCGCCUUGCCCAUCAAUCCCACCAUCAUCCGCAUCAUGAGGGUGCUGCGUAUAGCCCGAGUGCUGAAGCUGCUGAAGAUGGCCACCGGGAUGCGAGCCCUGCUGGACACAGUGGUGCAGGCUCUCCCCCAGGUGGGAAACCUGGGUCUUCUCUUUAUGCUUCUCUUCUUCAUCUAUGCCGCACUGGGUGUGGAGCUCUUUGGGAAGCUGGUGUGCAGUGAUGAACAUCCCUGCGAGGGCAUGAGCCGCCAUGCCACCUUUGAGAACUUCGGCAUGGCCUUCCUCACACUCUUCCAGGUCUCUACUGGGGACAACUGGAAUGGGAUCAUGAAGGACACGCUUCGGGACUGCACCCACGACGAGCGCAGCUGCCUCAGCAACCUCCAGUUCAUCUCACCGCUGUACUUCGUCAGCUUCGUGCUCACGGCCCAGUUCGUCCUCAUCAACGUGGUCGUGGCCGUGCUGAUGAAGCACCUGGACGACAGCAAUAAGGAGGCCCAGGAGGACGCGGAGAUGGACGCCGAGAUCGAGCUGGAGAUGGCCCAUGGCCUCUGCCCGCGGAGCUCAGGCUCCCCGGGCUCCAGCAAAGGAGGCUGUGCGGCCGGUGCGGGGACAGGAGGCGGGGGGCUGCCUGCUGAGCCCGAAGCGCGCCGCUGCAUGCGCUGUUACUCCCCAGCACAGGAGAACUUGUGGCUGGACAGUGUCUCUUUAAUUAUUAAGGACUCCUUCGAAGGAGAGUUAAUGAUCAUCGAUAACCUGUCAGGCUCCGUGUUCCAUCAUUAUUCCUCCCCGGCCGUGUGCGAGAGGUGUGAUCAUGACCAGCAAGAGGUCCAGCUGGCUGAGGUGGAAGCCUUCUCCCUGAACUCAGACAAGUCCUCCUCAAUCCUGCUGGGCGAUGAUGUGAGCCUGGACGAUCCCCCAGCGUGCCCUGUGGUCUCCAAGGAGAUCCAGGGAGAGUCAGAGACUCCUGACCCCAUCAAGAUUGGGGACUUGGGAGAAUGCUUCUUUCCUUUGUCCAACACGGCCGUCUCGGCAGCCCCAGAGAGUUACCUGUGUGAGGUAGAGAAGGACCCCUUCAAUCCUGUGCAGUCCUGGCUGAAACAUGAGAGUAGUCAAGUUCCGUCCAGUCCUUUCUCGCCCGAUGCUGCCAGCUCGCUCUUGCCUGUGCCCGCAGAGUUCUUUCAUCCAGCUGUGGCCAGCAGCCAGAAGGUCGAGGACAAGGCUGCCUGCAAGGGCACCCUCCCCAAGAUCUCCCUGCAGGGAUCCUGGGCAUCCUUACGAUCUCCAAGCGUCAACUGCGCCCUCCUCCGACAGACCACGGAGAGCGACACCUCCCUGGACGACAGUCGGAGCAGUGGCUCGGUGGGCAGCCUCCAGACAACGUUGGAUGACAGCCUGAAUCUCAGUGACUCUCCCCAGUGCACCCUGGACCUGCCCUCUGCCCUGUGCCCUGGACUGCCCGGCCCCCAUGCCAGGGCCUCCCACAGAACUGUGGUGGCAGCUGCCCUGUCCCCAGCCUCUCGGCGCCGGAGCCUGCGAGGCCGCGGCCUCUUCAGCCUGCGAACCCUUCGAGGCCACCAGCGCAGCCACAGCAGCGGGGGCAGCACCAGCCCCGGCUGUACCCAUCAUGACUCUAUGGACCCCUCUGACGAGGAGGGGGUGGGCAGCAGCCUCCGGGGUGGAGGCACCAAUAGCAGCGAGCAGUCCGAGACCCUCAGCAGCCUCUCGCUCACGUCCCUCUUCUCCCCUGCCCUCCCACCCCCAGGCCUUCGGCUGGCUAAGAGGUGUAACAGCACAAGUAGUCUGUCUACAGUGGGCCCUUUGUCCUCCAGCAAGGGCCCACUGCCUCCCCUGGGGACUGAGGGCAUGCAGCCCUACUCAGUUGACCCCAGGGGUUUUCUGUCCACCCCCUCCUGGGGGACAGACUUCUGCAAGGACCGCCACUCAGCCAGCGAGGAGACCCAGGGGCCAGACGGCCACAGACGCAAGCAGCCUCCCCAGGUGGAGCUGGGGGCAGGGUUGGCCAAGAGGAACAGAUGA